AGUUUUGUAAAACGACGCACCGACGAUAUCUACAGACAAUUAUACGUUUCCCCUUCUAUUUAAACGUUUGACCGUGUUGAAGAAAUUAACACAGCGCAUGGGAUCAAGGACAUUUUGUAUGGCAACUUCAUUGACAAUCUUAGAGUGUAUGUCCGUGGAGGGAGUGGUGGAAUGGGGCUCCGUAAACUUGGAGGUGAAGGUGGGAAUGGUGGGAAUGUCUUCAUUGUUUCGCAAGAUGGAAUGACCUUAAAGAUGAUCAAGGAUAAAUAUCCAAAUAAACGUUUUGUAGCUGGUGUCGGUGUUAACAGCAGCAUUCGCUCACUUAAAGGAGCAAAGGGAGAAGACUGUGAAAUUUAUGCUCCAGCUGGAAUUUCAAUCACUAAUGAUAAUGGGAAAAUAAUAGGUGAACUAAAUAAAAAAGGAGAUCGGUUAAUUGUAGCCCAUGGUGGUCAUGGUGGGUCAUUUAAGACUUACUUUCUGCCUUCCAAGGGCCAAGCUGGAAUCAUAAGAAUGGAUUUGAAGCUGGUAGCUGAUGUAGGAUUGGUUGGGUUUCCGAAUGCUGGGAAAUCUACACUGUUGAGUCAGAUGUCUCAUGCAAAACCGAAAAUUGCGGAUUAUCCAUUCACCACCUUGAGACCAGAAAUUGGAACGUUAAUAUAUAGUGAUUACAAACGGGUAUCGGUAGCAGAUCUGCCUGGUUUGAUUGAAGGUGCGCACCUAAAUAAAGGAAUGGGUCACAAGUUCCUUAAACAUGUAGAGAGGACCAAGCAACUACUUUAUGUGGUGGAUGUGACUGGAUUUCAACUUUCAUCUAAAACACCAUUUAGAACAGUGUUUGAAGCUAUUAAUUUUUUAACAAAGGAGUUGGAACUCUAUAAAGUAGAGCUUUUAUCAAAACCUGCACUAUUAGCUGUAAACAAAAUGGAUUUGGAGGAUGCUGGAGAAAAAUUUAAAGAGAUGCUGCAACAACUUCAGCAGCCUCAAGACUUUUAUCACUUAAUACCAGAAGAGAUGGUUCCCAAGAGGCCAGUCCAAUUUAAACACAUAAUCCCAGUGUCUGCAUUGACUGGAUAUGGAAUUGAAGACUUGAAAAACUGUAUUCGAAAAUCAUUAAAUGAUCAGGAUGAUCUGGAACAUGACCAUUAUAGGCUUGAAAAACUGCAGAGUUUACGUACAAACACUUUUUGAAAGUAUUUAGAACAUUCAAAACUCUUGAUUAUUGGAGCUAAUGAAUCUUCUAGAAAGACACAGUAAACACAUGAUUAUGUUCACGAUUAAAUUGCAAUUAGGGCCCUUAUUUGACUUACAAUGCUCACACAUUGCUCGUGCUGAACAAAUUUGUGAAGGACAGUUGGUACUCGUUGCAAGUCAAUCAAUGAAAACAAAGCUCAAUAAAAUAGAUUUUCCACAGUU